AUGUCCUCCUUGGCUGGAAGCCAACACAUAUUGAACAGCAAUGCUGCUGUAACAAUCAACCAUCUACCAAAUGAGAUUCUUGUCAAAAUUUACCAUUGCUUGGCAAAUCUGCAGGACCCGGCCCCAUUGCCAGUCCAAAUGGAGGCCGAUAUUCCUGAAGACAAGCUUCAAUAUGAUAUUUGGCAGUAUAGCGAUUUAAUCCUGGACAAGAACUAUACCGCCCUCACACUCUGCCUCGUGUCUCGUCGUUUCUACUAUAUCUUCAAACAAUUCACUAUUAACAAUGUUGUCCUUGUACAAAGUAGGCUGUUGCUCUUACAGCCCAAGAAUCAGAUGCUCACAGAGAUGCAAUCCACCUCGCAAUUCAAGGAAGCCGAGAAACUUGUUACAUCGAUGGAGAGACUGCACAACAUGAUCGACCUGAACCCAGGACUCGUUCAGAACUGCAAAUCAUUGUGCCUCGCUUAUAGACAAGUCAAAGUGCCGCCCCGUUACAUCCCAGACCGGGCUGGUGUAUAUCAGCCUUACCUCUUCCCGCAAAGUCUAUACGAAGAUAUGGGCAUCGAUGAGAGCGAGUAUGAAGAUUUCGAAGAUGAUGAGUUCAAACUGGAAGAAAUGAUCGUUCCUGCCCCGUCGUGGCUCAACAAAAUGUACAGUUGCUUCAGCCAUGUAACCGAUCUCCAACUUCACUCCAAUUAUUAUAGAUCACUUCCCGACAUCACGCCAGCACUUUCAUCUUUCUCUAACCUCACCACACUCCGAGCCACAGGAUACAUUGACUACCCGUCCUUCUUUCGGCAACUUAUAUCUCUUGAAUCAACCUUGGCUCUACAGACACUAGACUUGUCUGGUGCCCCCGCUAACACAUGGAGUCAUGGGUUUACGCCGCUAAUGCAUACGCUCAUGGCAAGUUAUGAACUGCUGUACAUUGUCUGCUAG